AUGUUGUUCUUUAGCUUCUUCAAAACCCUAACAAACCACAUCGUAACCGUCGAACUCAAGAACGACAUCCGAAUCCGCGGCACUUUAAAAUCGGUCGAUCAAUACCUCAACAUCAAACUAGAUGAUGUCGAUGUCCUAGAUCUAGACAAAUAUCCGCAUUUGUCGUCUGUGAAGAAUAUGUUUAUUAGAGGCAGUGUGGUGCGGUAUGUGGUUUUGCCGUCCGCGGAGGUUGAUAGAGGGUUGUUGGAGGAUGCCACGAGACGAGAAGCUGCGAAUCAGGCCGGUAAAGCUCGAUGA